AUGCAAGAACCCCUCCCAGUGCUAAGUCCCACCCUGCCCUCCCUGAGUCCUACUACACAGAACCCUGUAACCCCUAGGUCCCACGUUGCCCUCCCUGAGUCCUACUACACAGAACCCUGUCCCACCAUGCCCUCCCUGAGUCCUGCUACACAGAUCCCUGUAACCCCUAGGUCCCACCCUGCCCUCCCUGAGUCUUACUACACAGAACCCUGUCCCACCCUGCCAUCCCUGAGUCCUACUACACAGAAACCUGUAACCCCUAGGUCCCACCCUGCCCUCCCUGAGUCUUACUACACAGAACCCUGUCCCACCAUGCCCUCCCUGAGUCUUACUACACAGAACCCUGUAACCCCUAGGUCCCAACAGGCCAUCCCUGAGUCUUACUACACAGAUCCCUGUCCCAUGCUGCCCUCCCUGAGUCCUACUACACAGAACCCUGUAACCCCUAGGUCCCAACCUGCCAUCCCUGAGUCCUACAACACAGAUCCCUGUAACCCCUAG